AUGUCUAUAGUUUACAUUGAUAAUCCACCUCCAAAAUAUAGAGACCAGUUGAAGAAUCAGAUCAAGAAGUUUCCAGCGGGAGCAAAAUCCUAUUUCAGAGAUUUCUUUCCUAUUGCCAACUGGUUGCCUAAUUAUAAUCUGAUUUGGCUGUCAGGCGAUUUAACAGCUGCUAUCACUGUGGGUACAUUGGUAAUUCCUCAAAGUCUAGCUUAUGCCAAGAUUGCAAGAUUGCCGCCAGUUUUUGGUUUGUAUACAAGCUUUAUAGGUACCAUUUUGUACCCCUUAUUUGGUACCUCCAAAGAUGUCAGCAUAGGCGUGAGUGCAAUCACUUCCUUACUUGUAGGACAAGUCAUUGGCAAACUCAUCGAAUCCGAGCAAUACAUUUCAGGCGCAUGGACAAUGGCCGAUGCAGCAAUCACACUUAGCUUAUUCUCGGGUCUGAUCGUUUUAGCUAUCGGUGUCUUUCGACUGGGCGCCAUCUAUCAAUUCAUAUGCCAACCUGCCAUUGCUGGUUUUAUGGCUGGUAGUGGUCUGACCAUUGUCAUCAAUCAGUUCAACAAAAUAUUCGGUAUACCCAACAUCAACACAUCUGAAGCACCCUAUCUUGUAUUCGGAAAGACACUAAUCAACUUGCAUCACUCCACUGUGGAUGCCGCUUUUGGUGUGUCCGCUCUUAUUUACCUCUACGGCGUAAAAUACCUUGCUCAAUAUCUCAUGCGCAAAUACCCUCAACACAACCGUCUCAUCUUCUUUUUCAACACCAGUAGAAGUAUCGUUGUCUUGGUAUUUGGCACUUUAUUGUGUUUCAUGAUCAACCAUUUUGGCCAAUUUUCAACAAGCCCAAUUAAGAUUAUCGGCGAUGUACCUGCUGGCUUCAAUCAUAUGGCUGUACCUGUCGUGAAGCCUGAUCUUCUCGGUUUCUUUGCUUCUGAUCUCCCUGGCAUCGUUGUCUUAUUGGUGAUGGAACACGGUGCUAUCUCUACCAGUUUAGGCAAAGUACAAGAUUAUAGAGUCAACAUGAGCCAGGAGUUGUUUUCCAAUGGCCUAGGAAAUGUACUAGGUGCCUUCUUUUGUUCAUACCCGGGCACAGGUGCAUUUGCUCGCAGUGCUGUCAUGUCGAAAUCAGGUGCACGCACUCCUUUAGCCAGCUUCUUUGUCGGCAUAAUUGUGGUUUUGGCCAUUUAUGUGUUUACUCCAGCAUUCAAAUACAUCCCAAUGGCCAGCUUAAGCGCCAUCAUUGCUCACUCUGUCACGGAUCUGAUCUUUGGUCCUACUGUUUGGAGAAAGUUUUGGGAAUUGAAUCCAAUGGAACUGCUUGUCUUCGCCUGUGCCUACAUCAUCGCCUUGUUUACUCGCAUUGAUAUUGCCGUCUAUGUCCCUGUCGUCCUCUCUGUCCUCGUGCAACUGUACCGAUCUGCUCGCCCUGGAUAUGCUGUGCUUGGCCGUGUUGAUCUCGACCCUGAGCUUGGCGACAUUAGAGACGAAAAGCACACAAAGCAGCAAGAAAUCGAAGACAUGAACGCUGUUGAUACAUUGGACAACACACUCUUUUUCCCUGAAAACCACCCUAUCUUGGGUAGCUACGUGAAACCUGUUGAUUCUGGUAUUGUCUGCUUCCAACCUCAAGAGAACGUUGUCUUUCAAAAUGCUGCCUUCACCUUUGAUAAGCUAUUCGAAGAGAUCGAGCGCACUACGCGUCGUGGUAAACUUCCUGCCGAAAAGAUGGGCGAUCGUCCCUGGAAUAAUACUGAAGGCGUUGGCAAAAGCCAAUUGAAACCCUUAUUGCACUCUGUGGUUCUGGACCUCUCUGGUGUGCAUCAAAUGGACUACUCGGGAAUGGAAGCAUUGACUGACGCUGCUGUUGCUGCUGAGCGCUACUCGGGUCAACAUGUGCAUUGGUACAUUGUCACUGGCGAAUCCAUGGCUGUACGAAAGUCUCUUUUGUUUGCUGGCUUUGGCAAUCAACGCAGCGAUGGCAAGACACCUGGCCGUUUCCUCUCUGAUUUGAGACAUGGCGUACCUGAAGACGGUCAUCGUCCUGGUGUUGAAGGUUGUCGCUCUUACGACCCCAAUGCUGUUACCAACCAUGACGAUGAAAAGAAUGAUUUUGAGCAAGUUGUCGUUAUCGAGCAAGUAGAAGUACAACAACGCCGCCCUAGUUUCAUUCACAAGGCUAUGGGCAGAAGCAACCAGAGCUCCUCCACCUUGGAUCAAGAUCAACAAACUCAAGAUUUCAGCACAACACCUUGCAAUGAUUCUGCUCAAUGGUGCUAUUGCCACAACACAUCUAUUGCUCCCAACGUCAGGAUUACCGCUGUUCAUGACAGAUUCCCCUUUUUUUUCAGAUCUUUGCAUGAAGCUGUUCGUGCUGCCCUGAUCGGAAAGGCCAUUUCCGCCAGCCAUCUCUUGGAUAACAUCAGUGUAAUAUCAGAUAGAGAUGAAACCACAUCACCUGGCGAAAGUAGCUCCUCAUAA